AAUGUAAUCGCACCGUAGGGACAACACGUCUAAAUUAAAAAUAAUUGUUCCAAAAACCAUAGAUUAAGGUGUUUACAUUCAUACGAAAGGCAAAGAUAAGUGAAAUAUACAGAUAAUGUCAGUUACAUAAAUGUGUGUUCAAUUAAACUGUACAGAAAAGGCAGUAAUGAUAUCGAGACGUGAUGGUUCGAUUACCCAAAACACUAUGUGUUCUCAUGCUGAUCGGUAUAGCGGAGGGAGGAGCAGUUUUUGACACAGACCUUGGUGAUCUGUGCUACUCUUGCACCUGCAGCGCAGACAAGACCAUCAUCGACUGUUCCCAUAGAGGAUUGACUGAGUUACCUGAUGGAUUCGGUACACAGGUGACGAGGCUGAACAUUUCACACAAUGAAAUUGCAACGUUCCCUGAAAGCAUUAAAAAGUUCAGUAAUCUGCUCAGUUUAGAUUUAAGUGGAAAUCGCCUCAAUGAAUUACCAAGAGAUGCGCUACAAAACUUGACAGUCCUCGAAGAGUUGAAUUUAUCCAGAAAUUUCUUUGAAGCAUGGAUAAGUCUAAACCCCAACGAAGUGUUUCGUCCAGCAACAAAUUUAAAGACGCUAGACUUGUCACACAACAAAUUCUCAACAAUGGGAAACUUAGCCAAUCAAGAGCUGAUCAUAAGUUCUUCCUUAGAAACAUUAAUCUUGGAGAACUGUGAAAUAGAUUCCAUACAUGGAAGGUCCCCUUUAAGUGGUCUUAUCAACAUCAAAACACUUAGAUUACACUCCAAUCCCUUAAUGAGAAUACAAAGUCUUAUAUCCUCCACGCUAAAGAGUCUCGACGUCAGCAACUGUGCUCUUAGUACAAUAAAUCAUAACGAAUUAAUGUAUUUACCAUCAUUGGUUUACUUGAAAAUGUCUCAUAACUACCGCUUGGAACUGUCUGCUACCGCAUACAAUUUGUUUUCAGACUCUUUAAAAUAUUUAGACAUAUCGUACUGCAAUGUGCUUCAACCUAAUCUACAAGGAUUUCCUAAUCUAAGAAGAGCAAUCCUCAAUCACAAUAUGAUCAGAUUUCUGAGAAGUAACGAGUUUGUCAACAAUACUCUGCUGGAGUAUAUAGAUUUAUCUUAUAAUAAUAUCGGAUCACUGAAAAGUGACACAUUCCGUGGAUUACACGUAAUAAAAUAUUUAGAUUUAUCGUGGAAUGAAAUAGCGACCAUACCCGAAGAUACUUUACUAGAAAUGCCUUCACUAACACAAAUAAAAUUAUCUCGGAAUUAUCUUUCGAGUGUCGGGCAUUUGAAAUCUAACUCGCUAACUGUUUUGGAUAUGAGUUCGUGUGAAAUAAGUAGUAUUGGCAAGGAUUCUUUGGAAGGAUUACAAAGUCUUAUAGACUUAGAUCUAUCGAGAAAUCUUUUGACACACAUUCCUGAUAGUAUAUCAUCGAACACACUAAAGUAUUUAAACCUCAACUACAACAGGAUAACUUUCAUUAACAACUAUACGUUUUUCAUGCUGCCUCGACUAGCAGGCCUAAGUGUCAUUGGAAAUAGAUUCACUACAAUCUGGAGAAGAUCAUAUUUUGAAUCAAACCCAUAUCUUGAACGACUUGAUUUAACUGACAAUAUGUGGAGAUGUGACUGUGCUGAUGCAAACAUGUACGAUUUUUAUGAAUUUGUCACUUUAGAACCUAGUAAGAAGGAAGAAUCCUAUAAUCUGGUUUGCAAUAGCCCGAUUGCAUUAAUUGGACAAACAUGGUUAGAAGCCUGUUAUUUUGUCUGGAAUCCCACCGAGAAAGUUCCAAAUCCAGACGGUAUAAUUUGGUUUAUAACUGUAAUGAUUAUAGGAUUGGCCGUGUGCCUUCUUUUAGUGAAUUGUAUUAAAAGAUCAAUGCAACGUCGAUUGGCUACUAUUCAGGCUGAGAGAGAAAGGCAAGUGGAAGAGGCAAGAGAUAGAUUGAGGCAGCUAAGAAUGCGUGCAGAACAGGAAGCUCUGUGUAACACACCAGAUCCUCGUGAUCUGAUUGCACCACCGUCUUACGACGAAGCUCUCUCUAUGCCAAAAUUGAACACAUCAUGUCAUUCACUUAAUGAAACAGGCACAGGCAAGACUAAAAGAAGACGAGGUAGAAGGAAAACUAAGUCAAGCGGAGAUUUACUCGAGGAAACUGAGAGGAAUGGUGACCUUCCAGUUUUGGAUGAUCUCGAACUAUCUGAGAAUCCAAAUGAUCGUCGACGUCAUAGACCGAGACGAGAAAUAAGUAGAUAUGGCAGCCAUGAGGUGGCAGAGUUAGACCAGUCGCCCGGGGCUCGUCGUCGGCGCAUGUCCGAGUACAACACCGAGUACUAUGAUGCCCAGAAUGGAGACGUUAUGACUGUUGAAGUUCAAGCAGAAUUAGAAAGACCUCUACGUCCUCGGCAAAGGAGGCACUCUAAUGAGGAACUUCGAGAAAGCGACUUAUGAAAGAGAUUAUCGUUUAUUUACUGUAACUAAUACCUACAUAGGAAUAAUAUUGUUGUUUCAUCAAUUGCAUAGUGUUCAUACUAUUUAAGUUAUAAUAUUAUGAGUUUUAUUACGAGAAAUAAAUGUGUUACAAAUAAUUUGGUUUGAUAUUAUUUGA